CUUUUCGGGGCGGUACCAGCUGUUGUCCUUGAGCUGGCGGGGCCGGGUGCGUCGCUGCGCGCGGUCCGGGCACCAUGGUGUUCUUGCCCGACGAGUCGCGGGGGCUGCCCCCGCCGCCCAUCGUGAACAGGAACUCGGUGUGGAUGGGCCUGGUGGGCUGGGCGGUGGCGCUCGUGGACAACGCCUUCAACCGGCGCCCGGUCAUACGAGCUGGAUUACACCGUCAGGUCCUGUAUGCCACUGUGGGCUGGUGUGUUGGAUAUUAUAUCAGUAAACGUGCAGACUAUAUUCAUGCUAAACUGGACAGAGAUCUGAUGGAAUACAUUAGGCAACAUCCGGAAGAUUUUAAGGAAAAAGAUAAGAAAAUCCUAGCUGAGGUACUGGAGGACUUCCAUCCAAUUCGCUGAAAACUUCUCAAGAACUACAGACUUGUUCACCAGAUCGUGUUUCGUGAGACCACUCCCAAAUAUAUUUGAGCAGACUGUAUGUCAGUUAUUGUUCAAAUGCCACUGGUUGAAAAACAAAACAAAAAAACCACACUUACUGUAUUCUUAUAAUUAAAACUAUGAAUAAUUA